AUGUCUCCGUCACUCAGCGCAGUUUCCCUCACGGCCCUUGUUGCGGCUGCCCAAGGAGUUAGGGGCGCGUACUACCCCUCCGCGAAGUACGCAGCGCUCGAGCAUCUGCUGGUCGACUCCACCGGCCACAAUGCGAAUACAUUCUACAAAGCCGUGACGCCCUGCGGCAAUUACGUCUCGGAGAACAGCACCAAGACGGGCAGGGUCACCUCUGCGCAAUGGAUGCGAGUUGCCUUCCAUGACUUCGCCACCGCCGAUGUCGCCGCCGGUACGGGAGGCUUGGACGCAAGUAUUGUCUUCGAGUACACUCGCCCAGAGAACUCGGGGCAGGCCUUCCCCGACAGCUUCAACUACUGGAAGUACUACGUCGGCGCUCAGACGAGCUUUUCCGACAUAAUCGCGUUGGGCACGGUCGCCGCUAUCUCGUCUUGCGGUGGGCCGCAGCUGGUGUACAGCGCCGGUCGUAUUGAUGCGACUGCCGCCGGCCAAUUCGGCGUCCCCGAACCUGACGAGGGCCUCACCGACACCCUUGCACGGUUCGCCGGAGCGGGUAUAUCGCAGACCGAUGCGAUCAAGCUCACUGCCUGUGGUCACACGGUUGGUAGCGUUCACCACGCUGGUUUCCCGCUCGUCGUCGGGACGGACGCUGUCAACGCCAACAACACCCAAGGCGGCAUCAACAUGGACACCACCGGUACCACCUAUGAUAACAGGAUUGCGCAGGAGUACGUGGCUGGCACGACCAAGAACCCGCUGGUCACGUCUUUCAAUGUCUCCCAGCGCUCAGACUUGCGCCUGUUCUCUUCCGACAAUAACGCGACGAUGUCCACAUUGGCCGAGUCGAGCAGCCUCUUCGCCUCUGAGUGCAAGCGCCUCACUACGCAGAUGCUGAACACCGUUCCCAGCGGUGUAUCCCUAACCGAGAUCACGCCCAUCGCCGUGAAGCCGGUCAAUGUUACUCUCACCGUCAACUCUGCGGGAACCGUGACCUUCUCCGGUGCUAUCCGCGUAAGUAGCGAGUGA